GACAAAUUACACUGGUAAACAUGUAAACAAAUUUUAACAAACUAAUCGUAAGAGGAUUUUGCAGAAAUAACUCGCGAAUCUCCACUAUUGUGUAUGAGUCAAGGCUAGUUAAAAAUUAGAAAGAAAGUGACUCAAAAAGCCUUCGUUUAUCGUCCGUAAAGUGAAGAUGAAGUGAAGAAAACAUUACUGCCGUGUUCCAAACAAACAAGUCAAAGUUCUGUACUGGUACUGUGUUUAGUACUUAACCUUAUGAAACGCUAUGAAUUAAUGCAAACUGGUUUAAAUAGAAUUUAAGUUUAAAUUGAUCGUGCUUAUUGUACAAUACUUGACGCAAUUUACGAGAAAAUUUGUUAAUUUUUUAUUUUAUUAAACCAGGAAAUUUACUUGCAUUUUAGCUGUCGUAUUCGACUGUUUUACGUUUUAUUUACAAACUGAAAAUUUCAAAGAACUUCGAUAUAAAUUUAGAUAGGCGUUGGUUGGCCCGUUGCCCAAAAACUAAGGAUUGUCGUGCUUCGCAUGUUAAUUGAAGUAAUCGUACGAAAUAGACGUGACAGAUUGUUACUUAACUAACCACAAUGCACAUUUAAAUUAAAGACUUAUCAAGAAUAAUAUGUAUCCAAGCACCAAUCCACCACCACCUGGUAGCCAUGGCUAUACACCAGGAGGCUAUCCACCUCCACAGGGAUACCCAUCACCACCCCAAGGAGGUUAUCCUCCACCCCAGGGUGGCUACCCUCCACCUCAGGGAGGAUAUCCGCCUUCCCAAGGAGGUUAUCCUCCCCCACAAGGAUACCCUCCACCUGUUCAGGGAUAUUAUGGUCCUCCACCAGGGGGGUAUCAUCCCCCAGGGGGAUAUGGACCAGGACCAGGAGGCCCUAUUACUAACCAGCCUGGUGUCCAGCCUGGUGGAAUGGACGGUAAGUUAGUUUGAACUUUCAUCUUGUUGAGCUACUUUAUUAGAUAAUUAAAGCCAUUAAGUAAUGUAGAUAAUGGUAGUUCUAUGCAGGAGAGUGAGAUGAUAACAAAUAAUAGUCUUCAACAAACAUAUUUGUUCAACCAUUACAAAAGGAACAAUUAUCAUCUUUGUCUUGAAAGAUAGAAGACGUUUUGAUUUAUUGUAUGCUGUAUAAAGAAUGUAGUGUUUGUUUCGAAAGCAAUAUCAGGUUGUUACUACUGUUAAUGAUGCCUGAGUUCGGUGUCAAAAUUAAAAAGAUUUCAACAAGAUCAUUCAUUAGAAAGAUUUGCACAUUAUUUAAAUUUAAAAAAUCACCCAAAAAAAGUGGAUACACACACUUAAUAACGGACGAGGAGCAAAGGUAAUGAAAAAUAUAAAUUGCAACAGAAAUUGAAUGAAAAGUUAGUAAACAUGUUUAUAAUGUGAAUGAUUUUUUAAUGUUCUAGCAUGUGCUUUGCCAUAUAAAAAAAGGGUAUAUUAUUUAUUAUCA